AUGAUCCGGCCGCCCAAGGACUUUGAGUUCACGACAGAACGUUUGUGGAACGAAUAUGCGUUGCCGGCGGACAUGCCGGUAGACAUUCACGAUGUUCGCAAACGCUGUGCCAGCUGGGCUGAACCCUAUGAACACGGAUUACUGCAUGAUAUCGUCGACAGUGCUGACGAUACACAAGACAUCAAGUUUGUGCUGGCGUGCAACUUGAGCACACGCUCGUUGCCACAAGGACUCGAGAACCUUGAUGAUGGCUUGGCGCAGGGUUGGGGCAUGACGGCAGCUGCAUACCCCACCGCGGGACAGUGGGUCCAUCCAGACAAUUGGUUGAACUGCGGUUGGGUGCUGCUUCAUCAGGCUGGGGUGGUCACCUACGCCCACCAAGAUUCGGAUGGAAACUGCACCUGGAUCAUUCCGCAUAGCGGCGUCAAGUUCUGGUGCUAUUUCAAUCUCAACGAUGAGCACCGCAACCUCGAUCGCGCAACGCAGAAGAUGUUGAUGUCGCAUCUUUGUUGUCUCAUGAAUUUUGAUCCAGAGCCGACAGAAUCGCAGCUGCCAGACACUGACCUGGCCAAGUCCCAUCCUGAUCUCGCGAAAAAGACGAUUGCUGAAAUCUUCGAUGUCGAGGUCGUUGUGCUAUACCCGGGUGAUGCACUCUUCCAACCGCCAGGCAAGAUGCACGCCGUCUAUACCCCCGUCAAAUCUGUCGCCCAGGGCGGGCAUUUCUUUUUGUACGACACCCUCCACCGGACGGAGCUUGCGCGGUCAGUCGAUAACAAGUACGGCAACCAUACGACGAACCAGAACCAUUACAACGCGAUGGAGACACUCAACCGCAUGGUUCUCACGCUGCCGUAUUUGCCGGCGGAUUUCGUCUUAUAUGAACGACCUCUUCUCGCCCUAAUGGUGAUGAUGCACGAUGCGGACCGCAUGGAGGCGCAAGCCCUCGCUAAGGGACCAUUGUCGACUCAUGCGAACCUGACGGGUCACGGCUACGAGAUUUGCAAGAAGCUCGCUCGUGGUAUGGGCUACCCGAAUCUCGCAGCUGUCGCGAAGGAGGUUAACGAUAACAUGUCGCUAUCCCCGGGAGAUCCGGUCAACAUCCGUGACAUUCUCAAGCCCUAG